AUGUCGCGCUCGUACUCCCGGCUCGCACAGUUACAGAUACACACCUCGCACAAAGACAAAGAACCAGACACCUUCGGCCCGCACGGUUGUUACACACGCACUUCCAGUUUACGCGCACUUUACACGCACACACGCACAGACGAUAGCACACACGCGCAGCCCUUCUACUCCGUACCGUUCUGCCCCCCAAAGACACAGACGGACAGACUGGCAAGACAAGAGACAGACGGCAGCCCAUGCCGAUAUCUGAAAAGAGAGACACUACCAUCCACCACACGCGCCUCCUGGCAAGCACCAGCCCUCAAACGGUGCCAACGAUCGCCGAAAGUCUACAAGACCCCUGAGCCCGGUCGCACCGCUACUACCACCUUGGACCAAUCCGCACACUCUCCUGACGCCGUUAUCCCCUCUAAAGGCUGUGCCACCAAGAAAACCGGCCUAACAGGAAGACACACACCUCCACGAGCACGCAACCUCCACAACACUUACCACCAACCUAGCUGCCAAAGGACAGCCUACACGUACCUCCUCCUCCUCAGCAUUUCUCCUAUUCCCGCUUCUCAUCUGCGGCUUGCUCCCACGGCUCCCAGUCCCUCUGGAAAGCAGACACUGGCGCCCUCCAUCCCACCAGACAAGCUUCACUCGCUGCGCACACACCCAACGAGCGCCACAGCAAAAGCACAGGCGCAGAAGCCGUCGACGCAAUUCGCCAACUACUCUUGA